AUGAGUUUUACUGACGGUCCCGCCAAAGAAGAGGUGAUGACAUGGGACCCAGAGAAGUUAGCAGACUACGUGAGGCGGCUCAAGUUAUUCUGCUGUGACAACGUAGUGCUGAAGAGGGCUAUAACUGGAGCCCAGUUCAUGCAAAUGAAGCAGCACGAGCUGGCAGUGUUCCCAGUCCUCCAUGUCCCGAUGCUUGCAAAAAUCCAAAGAGAUCUCAACAGGCGAGAGAUGAGGAAGGGUUUUGGGUCAAAGCCUAAGACGCAGGGUCGCUCUGAAGAAGUGCAAGGUGAAAACGUCUGGGAUCAAAGGGAGUUAGUGAGUGAAAAUGAUAAUGACUAUGAGAAGUUUAACCCGGACGCAGCAGAGGGAAACUACAUCGUUGCUCUUACUGAGCCACACGCAGCGGAUAAUCUGCAUAAUGCCAGAGCAGGAGAAGAUCACAGGGUUAAGGCGAUCGUUUCACACAGGCUGAAAAUGCCUGAACCCCAGAAGCCGUCUAAAGUCCCCUACCGUCCCAAAGCAGAUGGCGCUGUUACUAUGGCCACUGGUUCACUUACCAUCAGGCGCCCACCACCAGUAGUACCUCAGCGAAAUGUGUCCAAUAGAGCAAAUCAUCAAGUUGCACGGUUUCCUGCACUAACUCAACACACUCAUCCAGAUCUAUCCGUAAGAACAUCCCGACAGGGCUUGGAUCCCAGGUGGUACAGGGGGAGGAUAAGUCGAAAUCAAGCUGAAGUUUCUCUCUGGGAGGUGAACAAGGACGGAGCGUUCCUGGUGAGGGACAGCUCACACAGCUCAACACAGCACCCCUACACUCUGAUGCUGCUGAAGCAAGGCAAGAUUUACAACAUUAAGAUCCAGAGACAGAACGACUUCUACUUCCUGGGAAACGGCGUGAACAACAUCAAGAGGUUCCUCGGGGUGAAGGAGAUGAUCGUCCAUCACAUGAACACCCCGCUGCUGCUGGUCGAUGCCACACACCAGUGCUCUGAGGAGCAGCCGCAGUGCUGCCUGCUGCACCCCGCGGGACUCUGACCACACCAGCAGCCGGCCUAAUGCGAGGCUUCACAUCUGUCUCUGGUCUCCCUGGCAUGCUAAUUUCUGCGUGUGUGUGUUGCUCUAUUUUUUUUUUAAGAGU